CCUAGGACUAGUGGCAAAAGACAUGGUAAGGAAUAGAUGUAUUCUUAUAUAAAUUUUACAAUUUGUUUUCUUGAGCUCUAUCUAAUAUUCUUUUAUGGCUUUUCGCUUUUAUGGUCUGGUUUUAAAUGCAUUCUUGUGGACAAAUUAAUCAAGUCAUUGCUCUACACUGACCUUUUCCAAGAUCACUUUGCUCCCAGCAGUUAUUUCAAAUUACCAAAUGCUAUUCCCAACUAUUUAGAGAAUUGCAGUUUUCUUCCAAAGCUUAACAGUGAACUCCCUGACGAGAGAAACUCCACUUAUAAGGAAUGGUUCAUUAGCUUACAGAACUUGGUGCUUAUCAUGUUUGAGAAUGAUACUCUUUUGACACCUAAGGAAACCUCCUGGUUUGGAUAUUACCCAGAUGGGGCCUUCAAGCCCAUUUUACCUCCACAACAGACACAGCUUUACAUUGAGGAUUGGAUUGGUUUGAAAACCUUAGAUGAAGCAGGAAGGGUAAAGUACGUAAGUGUUCCUGGAUAUCAUCUUGACAUCUCCCAAAGUGAUAUUGAAGAGUAUGUUCUGCCUUAUUUGUAGGGUAAGAACACUUGCAUCAAUGCUUGUAUAAUAUAACAAGGACCACAUUUUAGCCAAUCAAGCUCAAAAUUCACCCACGUGAUCAGA